AUGGCCUUCGUGUACAUGGGUAAUCAGUUGACCGUAUCUGUGGCGUUCACGGCUAUUCAGAUCUUCUCCAUGAUAAAGAGCCCGAUGAACAUUAUCUCUGCUUUUAUUGCCCUUCUCUUGGGCACUCAAGUUGCAUUGGAUCGCAUCAAUAGCUAUUUGGAUGAAGAGGAAGUUCCUACUUUUGUUUCCAGUCUCUUAAAGGAGGAGGAAGCCAGAGAAAACAAUCCGGACAGGUCAACUGUCCCUACCACUGCACCUACAGAGCUCGAUACUCGUCUCGGGAUCCGAAAUGGGCACUUUAGGUGGAACCAGCCAGCGGAAGGUCCCGAAGAAAAGCCAAAGAAGGGUGGAAGUCGCUGGAAGUUCUGGCAGUGGAGAAUGAAGUCCAAGAAUAACGACAAGCUUCCGACACAUAAAGCUCCUGGCAAUACAAAUGGUACUCAAAAUGGACAAGAAGGCAAUACAACGCAGCCAAGCAUCCUCGCUGAAGCCCAGAGGUUUGAAUUGAUGGAUAUAAAUGUCAUUUUCCCGACUGGAAAACUGACCGUUGUAACUGGUCCAACUGCAUCUGGAAAAUCUGCCCUACUACUGGCCUUACUAGGAGAAAUGACUGCAGUAGAAGAUGGUUCCGUCAAACCCGAGAUUUUCUUGCCCAAGAACCCAACCCAACUCGAGGAGGAAAGUGGGUUGCGUAAUAGCAUCGCAUACUGCUCUCAGAGCCCUUGGUUGGAGCACCUCACAAUUCAGGACAAUAUUUUGUUUGGAUCUCCCAUGGAUCAAGAACGAUACAACCAAGUCUUAGAAUGCUGUGCUCUGAAACCCGAUCUGAAGAUUUUGGAAGACGGUGAUCUUACAGAGAUUGGAGCUCGCGGCGUCUCACUUUCGGGCGGUCAAAAAGCGAGGGUCGCGCUUGCACGUGCAGCCUAUUCACGAAGCAAGCAUGUCCUUCUUGACGAUCCUUUGAGUGCUGUA